AUGAGGAAUUGCACUUUGGUAACUGAAUUCCUCCUGAUGGGAAUCCCACACACAGCUGGGCUGGAAAGGAUGCUCUUUGUCCUCUUUUUGGCCUUCUACCUGCUCACUCUUCCAGGAAACCUACUCAUUCUGCUGGCCAUCCUGACUUCCACCAACCUUCACACUCCCAUGUAUUUCUUCUUGGGAAACCUGUCAGUGCUUGAUAUUUUUUUCCCUUCUGUGAGUUCCCCAAAGAUGAUGCGCUACCUCACGGGACACAGCCACACGAUCUCUUACCAGGGCUGUGCCUCCCAGCUCUUCUACCAUUUCCUGGGCUGUGCUGAGUGCUUCCUGUACACUGUGAUGGCCUAUGACUGCUUUGCAGCCAUCUGUCACCCUUUGAGGUACACGGUCAUAAUGAAUCCGUGGGUGUGUGGCUCCAUGACUGUGGCCACGUGGAUGGGGAGCUGUCUGCAUGCGUCUGUCCUCACAUUUCUCAUCUUCAAGUUACCCUACUGUGGACCCAAUGAAGUGGAUAACUUUUUCUGCGACAUCCCAGUGGUGCUGGCCCUGGCUUGUGCAGACACCUCUCUGGCACAAGCUGUAAGUUUCAUCAAUGUAGGUCUUGUUGCACUGGUGUGCUUCCUCCUUAUCCUUAUUUCUUACUCUCGCAUCGUUGUCUCCAUCUUGAAAAUCCGUUCUUCUGAAGGCAGGCACAGAGCCUUCUCCACCUGCAGUGCCCACUUGACAUCCAUCCUGCUCUUCUAUGGCCCAGUGGUCCUCAUUUACCUCAGACCUGCCUCUACUCCUUGGCUGGAUUCAGUGGUUCAAGUGUUGAAUAAUAUUGUUACUCCUUCCCUUAAUCCUUUGAUAUAUUCCUUGAGAAACAAGGAAGUAAAGGUGGCUUUGAGAAAGGCAUUGACACGAGGGAUGCACACUUCUGGGGAGUAA